GGAGCUGCUGCCCUCUUGUGUGGGUGCCACGCCCUCAGCCCUGUGAGGUGGUGGCCGUGAUGUCACAGUGGUGUCAGGGAGCGGCCAUUGUGACACGCGGGGCUGGGAGCAGAGCAAAGGCUGCUGGGCUGGGGCCGUGCUCAGUGCGGCCUGGUGAGGCGUGGAGAGAGCAGCGACUCUCUUGUUUCUCGCCAUCGAUGCCGAACAUGUCUGGAAGGAAGAAGGAGGCCCCCAAGUCUGGGAAGCCAGUGUGCAUGCUGUGCCGCAGGGCACGGGUCGACCCGGACAUCUGCGGGCAGACAUCUGCCGAUGGUGGGCUCUGUGCCCACCGCUUCUGCUUGUUCUUUGCCAACGGCCUUUUGAAAUGGAAACGCCCUACGGGGGGAAUUUUUGGCUUCCCCCCGGAUGCCAUCCAGCACACAAUCCAGCUGGCAGACCAGAAGCGCUGCUUUGUCUGUCGUGGGAAGGGAGCUGCCAUCAGCUGCGCAGAGACAGGCUGUGAGCGCAGCUUCCAUCUGCCCUGCGCCGAGAAGGGGGAAUGCGUCACGCAGUACUUUGGGCAGCACAGGUCCUUCUGCUGUGAGCAUCGCCCUCGGCAGGCAGCGGAGGCAGCUCCAUCUCACAACACUCUCUGCGUCAUCUGCCUGGAGCCCGUGGGGGACAGCACGUCCUACCACACCAUGGUGUGCCCGACGUGCAAACAGGCCUGGUUCCACCGGGGCUGCAUCAGGAAACAGGCCAUGCAUGCUGCCACCAUGCUCUUCGUCUGCCCUGUCUGCAGAGGAAAAGCGCGAUUCCGUGCCAAAAUGGCUAAGCUGGGGAUCCAAAUUCCAGUCAGGUUAGUGUCCUUCUGCCCGGCUCUGCGGACACUCAGGCGCAGGUGCUGUGCCUGCCCAGGAGCUGCCCUGGCAGGCCGGGUCCCUUGCCACCCUGCGAGCGUUGGUCUCAGCUUCAUGGAGAAACUGGGAAUGAGCUCAAGGUGGAUGAGCAGGGAUGCCCUGGAUCUGCCUCACGCCUACGGUAGCGGGGGCUCAUCACAUUCCCCCUCUUCUCUGGCAGACGACCAUCUUGGUGGGACUGAUGAAGCGUACCAGGCGCUGCGAGAAAGGCACAGGCGCUGUGACGUCAGCAUCUGCUAUUACCGAAGAGGCAGGGAGGAGGCAGAGGAACAGGGGUGA